AAUAAUAAUUUUCAAUAUGGCUGUUUGACACUGUUGCACAGACUAGACAGACACUGACUGAUGAAAGUGAUGAUGUCAGUAACAUGUUGUAAUCAUCAUCAAUAUGUCAUCAAAUCCAGAGUGUAUUUUGUUAUUUAGUGGAAAAAGAAAAUCUGGAAAAGAUUAUAUAACUGAUAAGCUAUUUGAUAAACUUGGUUCAGAUAAUAGUGUUAUUUUAAAGCUAUCUGGACCAAUUAAAAGUCAUUGGGCAAAUACUCAACAAUUAAAUUUAAAUGAUUUAUUGAGUGAUGGUCCAUACAAAGAGCAAUAUCGUCUUCAAAUGAUUAAAUGGGGUGAAGAAACGAGAAAUAAAGAUUAUGGAUAUUUUUGUAAUGCAGCAAUUGAUAUGUACAAUGCUAGAGAAAAAAAAAUUUGGAUUGUCAGUGAUGUCAGAAGAAAGACUGAUAUCAAAUGGUUUACUGAAAAUUAUAAAAACAUUUGCAAGACCAUAAGAAUCAUAUCCAACAAUGAUAUUAGAUCACAAAGAGGCUGGAUAUUUACUCCAGGAGUUGAUGACUCGGAGACAGAGUGUGACCUAGAUGAUGUACACGAUUGGGAUCUAGAGAUUGUCAACGAGAACAACAACAAUCUUAACAACAAUAUCAUUAUUCAUGACAUUUGUCAACUUGUUAAAUCAUCAUCUCAAUGUUGAUAUUUGUUAGUUAAAUAAAUAAACAUGUGUAUUGUUAAUUUUUUAAUUAAAAAACAAAUUAAAUAUACCUAUAUAAUUUAU